UCUCUCUCUCUCUCUCUCUCUCUCUCUCACCUAAAAAUUUCGUUUUUUUUUCCACGGAGAUAUUAUCCAUUUGCGUGGGAAAGAGAGGCACGGAGCUCGCCGCCGCCGCCUCCUCCGCCGCCGCCGCAGCCGCCGCAGGAGCAGCAGCAUCUAGGUUGUAUUGAUCAGCUCGGAUUCGAAUUUCGGUUUAUGAAGAAAAGGGGGUUUUGGAGAUGGGUUAAAGAUGAGACUUUUCGAUGUGGAAUGAGGUUCUUGGCCGUGGAUUGAGGUGUUCCCUGUGUUUUUUUAAACCUCAUUUUAAGGUUGAAUGGCUCAGUCGACUGGAGACCAGGUAUUGGAUGAGAAAAACAAUAAUGAAGACACUUGCGAGGUAAUAAAUCUAGAUGACUCAGAUGAACAAAUUGAAGUGGGUGUAAAAGUGGGUUCCGAAGAUGAAGCGUACGAUCUGUACAACCAGCACGCCUUGAGGAAGGGCUUUAGCAUACGAAAAGGGAAUAGGCGAUUCAUCGAUGGUGCUUUAAGGCAACGAGAAUAUGUGUGCUCCAAAGCAGGUUUUCGUGAAUUUAGAGAUCGUAGUGUGAAAAAAAUUAAUCGAAUAGAGACCAGGACGGGUUGCAAUGCAAGAAUUAGGUUCACUAUAACGGAUGGUACGUGGGAAGUCACUCUUUUCAACGAUGAUCAUAACCAUGAGUUUGCGAGCCAAGAAGAAAAGCAUAAUUUAAGAUCUGGAAGGAGAAAAAGAGAUACACAUAUAGAUAGCCCUGUAGUAACUGAAGGCACAAAACCUGGAAAAGCAUACAUGUAUUUGACCAAACAGCUUGGUAGGGUGAAAAAUGUUGGGUCCGCAAAGAAAAAUUGUCUUAAUUACUUGCAAACCACGAGAAAAGCGACGAUUGAAGCAGGUGAUGUACAAGGUAUUAUCGAUUAUUUCAAGUAUAAGCAAGUUGAGGAUCCUUUAUUUUUCUAUUCAGUGCAAGUUGACCAAGAGAAUCGAAUGACGAAUUUCUUUUGGAGGGAUGGAAGAUCAAAGUUGGAUUAUGAUGCCUUUGGAGAUGUCGUAAUCUUCGAUACCGCAUAUAGAAUUGAAAAAUAUAAUUUGAUCUGUGCUCCUUUGGUGGGUAUCAAUCAUCAUUGGAGGAACGUGUUAUUUGGCUGUGCUUUUUUAUUAGAUGAGACUGCAGAAUCGUACAUUUGGUUGCUUGAGACGUUUCUAGAAGCUAUGGGAGGUCGCCACCCUAAAAGUAUCUUUACUGAUCACGAUCAAGCAAUCUCCAAAGCCAUUGAAAUUGUACUUCCCGAGUCUCGCCAUCGGCUAGGUUUGUGGAAUAUCUUGGUUAAUGCGAAGAAAAAUCUCGGUGGAAUUUAUAGCAAUCCAAACUUCAUUUCCAUAUUUAGCAUAUGCCUUGACGGGUGUUUAGAUGAAAUCAAAUUUCAGUCUACUUGGGAAAACAUGAUCAAAACAUUCAAUCUUGAAGAAAAUGAAUGGCUCAAUAGAUUGCAUGAGACUCGAGCGAAUUGGUGUACUGCUUUUGGCAUUGAUUUGUUUUCAGCUAAAAUGAAAUCCACCCAAAGAAGUGAGAGCACUAACAGUAUUUUUCACCAACUUUUGGGUACAACAUUACCUCCAAUCAAAGUCAUCGAAUUUUAUGAACUAAAGUCAGAAGAGAUGCGCCAAGUGGAGCAAGAUGAAAAUUUGCUCUGCAAUGAAGGUUCCUUUGGAAAUGUAUUUACUCAUGGUAUAUUGGGGCAUGCGGCUAGUGUAUACACACGUAGGCUUUUCGAGAUGUUCAAAGAAGAGUUUCACGAGGGCUUGUGGAUGAGUUGCAUUGAGGCCGGCUGUGAGGGAAGUGUAGUUAUGUAUGAACUCAAUAAGUCCGGCGAGAAAAAAGUGCUUUUGGUAAAGUUUGACAAAGCUGAUUCCACUAUCUUUUGUAGCUGCAAAUUAUUUGAAACUGUGGGGUUAUUUUGCUCUCAUGCUUUGAGAGUGCUUCUUGUGAAUAAUGUUAAUGAGAUACCGCUUCACUAUAUAAUGCACAGAUGGACCAAGGAUGCGAGGAAAAGGGCGAUAAUGUCUUUUUCUACUGAAUCAUUAAGUAAGGAAGGAAAAUCGGCUCGGGCUUUGCGGCUCAGUGAGUUGAACCAUAUUGGGCAUUAUGUUUUCGAUAAAGGCUCAUUAACUGCUAGAGGGGAGAGAAUUGUGAAGGAAAGGUUAAUAGAGGCCUUGGAUUUAAUUGAGAAGGAAUUUGGAGGUUUGCAUUUGGUUGAAAAUGGUAAUGGAAAAUUAGUUGAAAACAAUGAGAUAAGUUGCUCGGAUGUGAAUGUGGCGGGAAACGACCCCCCUCCUGCGAGGAAGAAAGGGUCGAAUAACAAUAAGAAAAAGACGAAAGCUUUGCCUCCUACUACUCCUCAAAUGCCACAAAUCCUUCUUAAUCAGAUGCUUCAGUCAUCUUCAGAUCAACUGUCGCAAACUGGAUCAAUUCAAAUGCCUCAUCAGCCCGGUCUGGUACAGAUGCUACCGCGCCCGCUUCCUUUUCAAACACCGCAAUUUAGUCCAACUCAAGUGCCACCCCUUGCCCCUCCUCAAAUGUUACAGUCAGCCCUCUUUCAAAUGCAGCAGUCUAGUUCUUUAAUGUUUGGUAAGUCAGCUAGUUGAUUAGUUCUCUAUUACAACUCUGUCUAUAGCUUUAGGAAGAUCGGCCUGUUUGUUGGGAAGGUGGUCUUGCUAUUCUAGUAUGUAUAAGGCUGUAAGCUCAAUGUGAAAACUAAACCUGAUGACUUUUAAAACCAAACCUGGUGUAAAUGACUGGGAUAGAGUUUUUUUCAAAAUAUUUUUCAACUGUCCAUGCUGGGUACUCUUUCAAAUGUGGAAAUACCAAGUCUGGCUUUGGUUUCGAGUCCUCUAGGCUUGGGCAAAUGUGGUAAUCCGAGAGAACUGACUCAAGCAGGUUUUUGAA